AGCUAUUAUUUAAUAUUGCAUUGCAUCGCCAGCCGCGCCAGCAUCGGUAGGCAGCGUGUCAGUGCCAGACCGAGUUUGCAGGUGUCAGGGUGCAGCCGUCCAGCACGCCGACUGCCCUAGGUACUAGGCGAAGUAGUCUGGUUGACAUUGUCGCCAAGCACAAGCGGGCCCGGCGCCUCGAUUCACUCCUCGACGCCGCCGCUCUCACGACACCAGCAAACCCGCCCUCGACCCCGACGCCCAUUAUUCCACAACCCCCCCCCUCCCCCCCCGCCAGCGGCGCCCCUCUUCCAAACUGGCUCGUCCUGUGCAGCAGUCGAGUCGACCUGGGAAGACCGCCCGCUUGCCCGCGCACCGCCUUCUAUGGUAGCAAAGGGGAGGAAGAACGCGGCAUCCCAGCAUGACAGACGCAACGAGAGUGGCCUGGCAGCCCCCGGCAAGCGCGUCCAGCGGCAGAGGAGCAACCCGACGCUCAGCGGCCAGCCGACCAGCAGCAGCAGCCCCGACGCCGAGCCCGCGCUCCCCGCCGAUGCAGUAGACAAGCAGCAGCAGCAGACGGCGCAGCAGACGCAGCCGCCGCCGCCGCCGCAGCCAACGCGGCCAACGCAGCCCUCGACGGCGCCGGCCCCGGUCCCCAGCAGCGCGCCCGACAGUGCCCCCAGCGCGAGCGCCUCAGACAACGCCCCAGACUGCCCGUCCGUCGACCGCCUCCGCAGCUCGUCGGACGCGUCGCUCGACCACGCCGACGCCGGCUGCCGGCACGCUGCGUCGUCCGCUGCUGCCCGCGUCAAUGGCCACAGCAAGCCGCCGUCGCUCUCCAUGGCCAGCCUGCUCGCCGUGCCAGCCACCAUUCUCACGUCCUGUCCUCUGCGGGACGUCCUCGCCAUCCUUAUCAUCCUCCUCCAGCUACCCCCCACCGUCCUCACCGUCGUGCAGUUCCUCUUUGCCACCCUCACCUUUGUCCCUCCUCAAGCCGGCACCCCCCUCUCUGCGCUCUCCGCCUUCCCCUCGUUCACCGACAUCUUCCAGGGCUCCGGCGGCACACCUUCCCUGUUCACGACAAUCGCCGCCGACGCGUCCAUCCUGCUCGUGUGGCUCGUCCUCUGGGUGCCUGUGCAGAACUUCUUUCUGGAUCUCGCACAGGCAGUCAUCGCCAUUGCCCUCGGAGGCGCCGCAGCCGGGAAAGCCGGCACCACCAACGGCAUUCUCAUAUGUGUCGUCAUCAUUGCUUCCAACCAUUUGCUCAAGUUCAGGCCUCUCCGGCAACACAUUGUCCACUUGCUGUGGUCCGGGCUCGCCCGGGGAGGCCUGGAAUUCUUGACGAGCCCACCGAGUGCACCAAGUUAUCUGGAAAGCUUCUCGACGCCCCACGGAUGGCCGCGCAGCCUCCUGGGUAUCCACAUUCUGGCCCAAGGCGUCGUUCGCAUUAUCCGGCGCUCUCUGUCUCGACGAGACGUAGCUCAGCAACUGCCCACUGGCAAGAAGACGGACCCUGAAGUUGGCAACCUCCAACGUGCCAAUUCCAUCUCGCUCCACCCGCCUGCCGACGUGCCCAACGCCUCGAGCUCCGACGGCCGCCCACCGGGGCCGUCGCCCGCAUUGAGCAAGGACAAGGCGAGCAGCUCGCGGCGCAAGAGGAAGCAGGCCACACACGUUCGUUCUCAGCAGCCUUUUUGGGCUGCACUUGCCAGUACAAAAGUUACAGUUUUAAAAGAGAUGGAAAGCAGCCGCGCGGCAAACGAUGCCGACGAGGCCAACGCAAAAGACGCAAAUCACAUUGGAAAUGCUGUAUGGCGAUCGGAAGACGAUCGUGUAUGGAUUUCAGAAGUCGGCUACUCCGACAUUUCAUUUCGCGUCAGCCUGUUCAACGGGGCAGACGUUCAAGAGGAGGAAGACUCGAGUGUUGGAUCCGGGAUUGACAAGUCGAAGCCAUUUUACAUCCGUGUCAACGGCGCAGACUGGAGCUCGGCCCGGAUCCGCCAGAGCACUCCGUUGGGAUACCAGGGUCAGCAGGAAACGGGCUUCUGGGUGGGAGAGAUUUUCGGGUUGACGGCCCUGUCGAACUACUACUGCGAGUUUGUCAGGACCAGCGACCACGAAGUCUUCUAUUCCACCAGCCUCAUUACCUCGGCCGGCCCUGUUGCGGAACUAGCCUCAAUCGCCUCCCCGCCAGCUCAUCAGACCCUCCGCCCAUCUUCGCCCACGACGACCCUUAAGAACUCGAUUGCCGCGGCCGACCAGCAGCUCCAGGAGCAGCGCAACCGCCUGAAACGGAACAAGAAGGACCACAAGACUGCCAUCUCUACCAUUAGAAAAGAGGUCGAUGCCCUCAGCAACCGCUUGGCAAAUGCGGGAGGUAGUGAUGAGCGUCAACGCCAACGUGUCCUUCAGUUCACGCAGAACAUUAAGCAGGCAGACGACGCUGCUGCUGAUUUUGCUGUCCAGGCCGACAAGCUAGGCACCAUUCCGGAAGAGGAGAUCAAGGAGGCUGCAGCGAAGAAAGCCGAGUGGAAGAAGGAGCGAGACAACAAGAAUGCCGCGGCUCGUGAGUUCGAUGCAGUCAAGGCUGACGUUGAGGCCCAAGUCAACAGCGUGGAGAAUGACAUCUCGACUGCCUUGCAGAAGCGAGAACGUCUCCAGCAGCGUCAAACCCGACUGAACGAGCAGCAUGACCGUCUGGUCACCGCCAACCAGGAAGGAUUCACGGCCAAGCAGCGAAGGGAGCAGGAGCGCCACGCUUUGAGGCAACAGCGGGCCGAUGUUGAACAGCAGUAUCGUAACACGAUCAACGACUACGAAGCUCGAGCUGACGAGCGCCACAUCGCCACUUCUCAGCUCCUGCAGACUGCACAGCAUUAUGAAGCCCUUCUCAUGCAAGGUCCUCACCAUGAGUCAAUCCCUACCACGCCUGAAGGUCCUCUGCCCGGUACGACCAUGUCUCCUCACGCCAAUGCUUUCACCAGCUUCACCUUCCCGCAGCUGCACCACGUUGGCAGCACACCUGGCUCCGUUCGCGGCGGCCGUGGCCGCUCCUCGUCAAUGCUGUCUGACGUGUCUGGCUUCACGGACGGUUUCGACGAGCACACGUCUCCGGUGUAUGCUCUCGAGAACCCAUUCAACGCUUCUGGAUUCGUCAACGGCCUCAAUGGCAGUCACGGCAGUGGCAGUCUCAGCUCCGGAACUUCCAGUCAGAGCUCUAGCCAGCGCGACCCCUUGAGCCCUGUGCAGAGCGUCAAGCCGAUGAUGGUCCGCAGUCCGACCGGUGGUAGUGGAGGCUUGAUGAGUCCGAUCGGCAGCGGCAGGAAGUCGUAACCGUUCAUUCUGAAGGUCUUUAUGUAGCUUCCCAAUGUGACUUUGUUCUUUUUGUGGAUAAACAUUAUGUAUUACGGAUCGUGAUGUACAAAGUUACUACCACCCCUGCCUGCGCCUGCUGGUGCUCCUUGACUCGCAGCGUUUCGCCCAUAAUCAUAUUGCGCGCUCGACACUCGAUGCUCGCGACUCACCCCUCAUCCUCUUCCCCCCGAAUCGCUCUCACCUACCCCGGUCCCGCCUUCUCGGUCGCACCGUGCUGCGGAUCCCUAACCGCCAGAUCAGGAAUCGUCUUAUGCCUCACCGUCCAAUCCCCACUAUUCACCAGACUCCCGAUCACCUCUCCAAGCCCUUUCUCCAUAUCGUCAAGCAGCCGCUGCG